CUCAGCCCAGCUCAGCGCGCACCUCCUUAGCGGCAUAAUGCAUUCCUGUUGCAAAAUCCACUGGGAAAUAGGGCUAGACCAUUCCAUCCUUCGGGAUCCUCAUUAUAUUCUAACACAAGAACAUUUAAAGACGACAGGGAAAAUAGGAUUUUUGUAAUGCUAAUUAAUUUCGUUCGGAAGAAGAGGCCCUACUCUUUCAUGUUGAUAUUAUUUUUUAGAUUUCUCCACCCCCUCUUCAUUGGAAUGGUUGUUCCUUCACACUGCCUGCCGUGCCAUGUUGGAUGGAUGUAUCGAUGUUGCAGCUGGAGUUCCGAAUGAAAGUUUAGAAUUUGCCCUAUGCAGAGAUUGGGGUUACCACGGAUUCUUCGAGGCCCCUGGGGCAUGGUGACGCUGUUAUUCAACAACCGGGAUCCAGAAAUAUUUCAUUUUGCAGGCCUCUAGCUACCUUAGAAACAACGUAAUGAGAUGAUGCAGUUGCAGGCCAUGGUGACCAAAGACUGCACGAAUUUUAUGUAAUAUUCAAGAGUAAAACAGUUAAUUUUGUUUAUCUGGAAAUUAUUUGAGAACAUGAAUAGCCAUCCUCCGCAACGGCGGGUUGGAAAUAUUGGUUCCAUACUCCUCACCCCGCAAGAGAACGAAUGCCUCUUCAACUACCUGGGCAGGAAAUGCAUUACCCUGUGCACAGCGGUGGUCCAGGUGUAUGGGGCAGACAGGAGCUCGUCCUGGGUGAAGAGGUGCUGCGGAGUGGCCUGUCUGAUCAAGGAUAACCCUCUGAGGUCCUACUUCAUCAGGGUCUUUGACAUCAAGGAAGGGAAAACCAUGUUUGAACAGGAGCUCUACAAUAACUUCUCAAUCAACAGCUCGAGGUCGUAUUUCAUUUCGUUCGCAGGAGAUAACUGCCAGGUAGGCCUGAACUUCGCUAGCGAGGAAGAGGCCAAGCGAUUUAGAGCUGCACUGAAAGACCUACUCGGCAGACGGCAACGUAAAACGGAGAAAAGACGCGACCCUGCAAAUGGCCCAGCUCUCCCUAUGGCCACGGUUGACAUCAAGAACCCGGAGAUCAACAAUGUGCGCUUCCACAACUCCCACCACCACCACCAUCAUCACCAGCAGCAGCCCCAGCCACACCACGUCAACAACAUGCUGCACAGCAGCUUCAGCAAGAAGGAGAAGAAAGUGAAGGGCAAGAGGAAGAAGCUCACCAAGGCAGACAUAGGCACCCCCAGCAACUUCCAGCACAUCGGCCAUGUGGGCUGGGACCCAAACACAGGCUUCGAUUUGAAUAACCUGGACCCGGAGCUAAAGAACCUGUUUGACAUGUGUGGCAUCUCAGAGGCCCAGCUGAAGGACAAGGAGACCUCCAAGGUUAUCUACGACUUCAUCGAAAAGAAAGGAGGGGUGGAGGCCGUCAAGAACGAGCUCCGUAGGCAAGCCCCACCACCUCCUCUCUCGGGCGGCCCACCUCCCCCUCCCCCACCCCACAGCUCGGGCCCAGGUCCCCCACCACCACCACCACCACCAUCGCGAGGUGGCCGGGGUGCCCCGCCACCACCUCCACCCUCUCGGGCCCCCACCUCUGCCCCUCCCCCCCCUCCCCCCUCCAGGCCUGGUGCCCUAGGAGCCCCCCCUCCUCCCCCACCCCCCAACAGAGGGGGCCACGGCCACCAGCCACCCCCUCACGCCACCCUAGCCUCCCAGGCCCCACCGCCACCUCCCCCACCAGCAGCACCACCCACCGGUGGCGGGGGAGCCCCUCCUCCACCUCCUCCUCCACCACCCCCACCCCCACCUGGACCCCCACCCCCUCCAGAGCUGGACGGUGGUGUGGAGGCGCUCCACUCACCCCUGGGCUCUGGGGGUAAGUCGGCCCUGCUGGAGCAGAUCCGUGGGGGCACCCAACUGAAGAAGGUAGAGCCACCGGCCUCCAAGCCACCGGCCACCACCGUGGGGCGCGAUGCGCUGCUCGACCAGAUACGGCAGGGCAUCCAGCUAAAAACCGUACCAGACAGCCCAGACUCGGGCUCCCCUACACCGGCCCCCUCGGCAGGCAUCGUGGGGGCACUUAUGGAAGUCAUGCAGAAGAGGAGCAAAGCCAUCCACUCAUCGGAUGAAGAUGAGGAUGAUGAUGACGAAGAAGAUUUCGAAGAUGAUGAUGAAUGGGAUGACUAGUUAAGUUUCUUGUCCUCCUCCCCAACACAACUGAUACUAAACUGAUCCUAAAAUCUUCCAAAACCUGACUAAAAUUGUAAAUGUUCUAUGAAUUUAUUUAUUGUUGCCAUUUUGCUUUUGUUAUUAACCUGUGCAAUACCUUGUUCAUUUAAUCUGUAAAGUUUUGUCACAUACCCUCUGUAGAGUAUCUCUGGUAGCACUUUCCUGCGACUCUGUCAUAGAACGCUCACAUCACCGUUUAAAAGCAUGAUAUACAAAUAUUAUAAGCUGUCCUAACUGUUCAUGGUAAUACGCUGACUUGCUCAGGCUGACCACCACUGCAUGUGACACUGCGAGAUUGCUUGUCGUAAGCUAAUACAAGGUGUUAUUACCACCAAUGACACCUGGGGUCUGUUCAGGAGGGUGCAAUGUCACAGAACGUCCAGAGAUAGAAACAUAUUGUGUAGAAUAGAUAUGAUUCUCGUCCUCAAGAAUAGUUCUUAUCCACUUAUCAGCUAACAUUAUAUUUCUAUCUGCAACGUUCUGAACAUUUAGCCCUAUGGAAUAAUACACUGCUGCUAUGUCAUGCUUAUGACAGCCUGAAGACAGCAGGUUCAAGUAGUACGGUAUCCGAUGGAUUAACCGUGUGCAAUUCUAGUUCUAUUUGAUUGGUGUAUUACUUUAAAUGUUCUGUUCCCCUGCCGAUGAAGAAAGGGAGAUAUAUACGUAACAAACGAAAGGGAUCCUUUUGUGUCGUUAUUGUUGGUAAUGCAAGAUAACACUAUUUUCUUACCCUACUUUUUUGUACCUUCAAUUUUCUUAAUGAGAUCCUAGUUUAGCACAGUUAUUUUUUAAUAUGGAGUCCACUUAUUAGAAUUGUAAGCCCAAAUUGACUCGUGUAAAUGUGCUCAAUGCUUGUACGUUCAAAGCUGUUAUAUCUUCGCACAAUUUCAAAAUUGAAUUUACUAUAAGAGUAACAGUGCAGUGUCAUAGUUGUGUUCCAACGAGCUCUUAAAGUAGCUUCUGCAUCGAGGAACUUUUAUUAGAAUCGAUUUAUGAUUGACACUAUGAAAUGUCCCACUCAUUAUGGGUUACAGAGGUGUCCUGAUGUCCUAUAUUAUCUUUCAGAGGGGAAAUCAUCACUACAAAAAAGUAUAACUUCUACUCAAAUAGACUCAUAGGAAUCAUUUAGGUUUUGUUUCUUUUCUCUUACUUACUGUAUCUGUUACAAUACAUAUUAUUCUCUCCUCCCUGCUGAAAUUAGAAUCAUAUUUAUGUCACUAGCUAUUAGGUCAGUGUUCAUAUUCAGCAGCAGAUCUAGAAAUAUCUUCCAGUUUUUGUUUAACUUUUGUGGGAUGAAUCUGUAAAUGCCUCCAUACAAAAGCUAAUAAUGAACUAAAAUUGGCAUUUGCACGAAGCGUCUACAAGGCUUUGGUUUCACUCUCCUAAAUGCUUUCAUUUUUGAUAAUGCUGAUGAUGCCUGUGAAACUCCAUUUUACAGUAUGUACAGAAGUAGCCAAAUGGAUGCUGUUUCAACCGUAUUGCCUGUCUCAAUUUGUACCAUCCUACACCGAGGUGACUGCUGCAUUAAGAAACCGUAAUACUGACAUCAGUAUGGAAAAUGUAUGCACUCACUAACUGUAAGUCGCUCUGGAUAAGAGCAUCUGCUAAAUGACUAAAAUGUCAAUGUAAAUCAAACUUUCAAAAUAGGUUGGAAAAAGCAAUGGAAAUACUAAAUUGUAUACUUAAAUAAAUGUUAAUAUUUACAGA